ACUUCCUCGCAGCUGUUCUGUGAAUCUCUACUCGGUAUCCGUCAGGGAACCCAGAGGAGGAAGAGCAGCCGCUGCUUUCUGAGAACAGCUGCUGCUGAACAUAUAAACGGAGCCGGCCGGACCGGUCCGGCACCCUUCCAGAACCUCCGGAACCAUGAAGAUCCAGCUGAGCCUCUGCCUCCUGGCUCUCCUCUGCUCCCUGCGGUCCAGCUCUGCAGCUCCAGUCGGUCCGGGCGUGAUACGUGGUGCCUGUUGCCAAGGCAACGGCAACACGCCGAUUCCCAUAGGGAAAGUGAAGGAGAUGAAGAACUCUCCGAUUCACUGCAAAGUCAGAUCUGUCAUAGUCACCACUGAGAGCAACAAGAAGUUCUGCCUGGAUCCCACCUGGAGCUGGACCCAGACACUGAAGAAAGAGUUUGGGAAAGAAAAACGGCUCCGCUGAGAUCUAGAUCUGGGUCGGAACCGAGUCUGCUGGAGCGGGAAGAACCGUUCUGAUGUUUUAACGACACACUGGACGUGUCGCUGAUAGUUCUCCGUUUUUGCUGCUAAUUUAUGAUUUUAAUGAAGCUUUGGCUUCUUGUUUUUUGUUCGUUUGCUAGUUAAACAUGUUCAAUAUUUAUUUAGAAACAAAAUAUUGACCUUGCUAACAGAAUCUAUUUUUGUUCUGACAGGAUAGUAACUCAAACUAAUGCCGUUUAUUUUGAAUGUGUAACUUUACAAACAGGAACUAUUUUGUUUUACACAAAGUUCUCAACUAUAACUGAUCAUUUAUGGUUUUAGAGAAACUUUGGCUUCUUUUUGCUUCUACUUUCAGUUUGUCGGCUGAAAACAUGUUGCUGGAAAACUUUACUCACUCAUUUCACAAUAAAAGUUUGACUUUUCUA